CAGCCAAGGUAUUCACACCCGCUGAUGACGUUAACAUCUAGAGGAGAACCAGGACAAUUUACACAAAGUGAAGCAUCGUAAGAAAACAAGUCAUCUUUGUAGUAUUUGUAAAGAUUUUGGUUUUUAAAUAAAUUUUGCAAACUUCUGGACUGACAACAAUAGGCCACAAUAGUAGCCAGUGCACCCGUCCUAAAUAACAUCGGCAUAAUAAAAGGAGCGAAGAAAGUUUACUAAGCUUGAAUCUUUACUAAUAAUACUAUCAGCGUGGCUGUUCCAUUUACAGUUGUUUUGAAAGUGUCAAUUCACUCCAUGGUUUUAACCGGUCAGCAUGUAUCAACAAACUUCAAACUCGGUGUAUCCAAACCCGCCACCAGCUGCCUAUCCUGGCAGCAUUAAUGAUGGGAACAGAUACCAAGGGAGUUAUCCACCCCAAAAUUAUAAAAGCAAUCGGUACAUGAUGCGGCCAGUAAAUCAUGGAUAUCCCCAACAACAACAAUUUCAAAACAAUGCACGUCAACAAACAGCUCAGAAUUGGAGUGGAGGAGGAGUAAAUUCCCUAAAUGCCCAGUACCAGCAAAGUGCGUCUCUGUAUCCUGUAUUUCAGGAACAGUCCUUUAUUGCUCAGUAUGAUCAUGUUAAACAGCAUAUUAAUCCAAAUCAACGAAGUAUACCAAAUCCGCGACAAGCUUAUCCAAAUCAGCAACAAAACCAGCAUCUGGGUAUCCCCAUCCAGCAAUCGAGUGUCCAAAGUCAACAUUCAAGUGUCCCAAGUCAACAUUCAAGUGUCCCAAGUAAACAUUCAAGUGUCCCAAGCCAACAUUCAAGUGUCCCAAGCCAUCAUUUGAGUGCCCCAAGCCAACAUUCAAGUAUUCCCAGCCAACCUCCAAGUAGUGCCAACCUUUAUCCAAGUGUUUCUAACCUUUAUCCAAGUAUCCCCAACCUUCUUCCUGGUAUCUCUAACCAACAAUACAGCUCUUCACAUUUCAAGACAUUAAAGGCUGCAGCCACUACAUCUCCACAAGCCUGGGACAGCCAAUAUCAAUUAAGCGCGUUAGUAGAUGGUGUUGGUCUAAAUACUAUCCCAAAGCAGGUAAGGAAUUACCCACAGGCAAUGGAACCAGAACCAGAACCACCUGCUAGUAGAAGUUGGUACCGUCUUCCAGUUGCUUCAGAACAACCAUCAGUAAGAAAUCCUCCACCUCCAAAACAAACUUCUCCAAACCAAACGUCUAACAGCUUGUCUCGCAGCUCGGCUUCAGAUCAAGUAUUUUCUGAACCACAUUUACAACUACCAGUAUUACGAAGACCAAAAAGGGAAUCGUUAGAAAAGUCAUCCAGUGAUACAGCUUCAGCUUUAAAAAGGAUUAAACAAGAAAAGAAACAGUCUGAUAAUACUAUAUGUAAUCUUGAAAACAUCCCUUUUAGUAACUCCAUUUCUCCUGAAAAUGUUGGACACACAAAGAUGAUUUUGCCAGAAAAACAACAAGUAAACUCGGUGAGUAUGAUGGAUACCAAUUCUCAUCUUUCUCAAGAAUUGAAUGAUCAAACAGCAAAUUGUUUUGACAAAUCUCCUGAUCGAAAUGUUGUCAUCAUAUCCAGUGUGUGUUCGCAGUCCCAACAAUCUUUGAGUCCUGCGGAUGGAAAGACGCAAGGGACUGCCUUCCAACAAUUGCAGAAUAAUGACUUAUUAUCGAAUGGAAAUUCAGAGGGAAAUCUUUUUAGGAAACCCAAAGAUAAACAUCGUAAGAGGCGAAGGAGUUCUGAACGGUCAAAAUCUACAUCACCAGAAAAACCUCAAACAAGGAUAUGUGCCUCUCCUGAUUCAACAUUUCUACCAGAUAGAAUCCAGGAUAAACUUACUUCACCAACGAAAUCACCUUUAGAACCAUAUGAUCCUCUAUAUGAACAGAUCUCCAUGUCUCCUUGUAGUGAUACAACAAUUGCAUAUUGUGAUGGACAAGAUUGGGAUGAUAACCCAACAUCGAAAAUCGAUAAUAUUGAUUCAAGCGUCAGUCACCAUGUUAGUACCUUGAAGGGAAUAUACAAUGAAUGCGACGAGAGUAUUAGAAAACGAAGGAGAUUUUUAUUGGGCUCCGGAACUGAAUGUGAUUCAACUAAUGAACUUCUGGAUGAAGCUGUAAAAUCGAAUAGUCUAGAUCGAUUGACUCCCUUGAGGCAAAAUUCAGUAAGCUCUGUAACAGGCUGUGUUUCAUUAAAAGAUACUAAUGUUCGAUAUUGUGUUUCGGAAAAUAAAAUAUAUUAUUUGUUAAAUGAUUUUAGCAGAUUCAUCACAAAGCACAAAGAGCUUCAGGAUUCUAACUAUGCGGAGGUUAGAUUGUCUACGGAAGCAGAAUCUUUAGCCCUUUGUCAAGCCUAUCAUAAACUCUCACCACUAUCGGAAGGUGCUAAACUUGUGAAUUUUAAACAAGAACCAGAGAUUUUUCAAGAACCGGGAAUUGUUAAUGAAUUAGAAAGUAAUUGUGAUAAGGUUUCAAAUUUAACCGAAGACAGUUUAAGUGUACAUAAUGACAAUACGAGUGAACAUAAGGAUAAUUCUGUGUUGUUAAAUUCGUGGCUAGAAGAAACCAACAGUUGUACAGUUGAAACCAAUAGUGCUUUUAGUGAUAAUACUUGUAAUAGUAGAACUCUAAAAGAAGAAUUAGAGAAGUUAUCGGCCAUAUCUCAAGAGGUUAUUAGAAGAGCCUUCACAAAUCUCAAGAAGGAAUGUGACCAGUUGAGAGCAGACAAUAGUUCAUUAAGGGAAAACCUAGAUACAAAGACAAAACAAAAUAAUUUAUUAGAAGAUAUGUUAGAGAAAGUAUCAACGUUGAUGUAAAACAAAACAGAGCCUUGACAUGAAGAUUUCUCCGAAUUAUUAAUUGUUGAGUUUCCAUGGAAACAAAUUUGAAUUACAUUUAGUUUUUGAGGCGUAUUAAAAUCAGUAAAACACAGCAAUCACAAUUCUGUUGCAUAAUAAAAAAAAGAUUUAAAUACAGAUUCGACGCCAUCCUUCCAUAUUGGCAUUGUGUUAUUUAAGAUCAGAUAUUUAAGAUAAAUGUACGAAUCUUGUCCUUUAUGUGAAACAUACUUACUUUUCAUAUUGUCGUUUCUAACUUAAAAUGAAAUUGGAAAUAUAUAGAUCAAAUAAUACAGUAAGAAACGCACAGCCCAUUUUUCAUUUUUUUAAAAUUUGAACAGGAUCGUUGUUGCCAUAAAUCUUACAUGUUUUUAAUGUCAGUAUGUAAGGAUAAAAUAAAUUCAUUAUUUGUUUUAAAUGUAGGGUCACUAAUUGUGACUGGUCAUACUUUUUGCCGAUAUUUGUUUUCGCUUGUUUUCGCUUGAUUGCACCAAAACAUUUGAGUCGCAAGCUUUUCGCAUGAAACCCAAAUCUAAGGCCUUUAAAAUUCCGGGAUUCUCGGUUUCAAAGUCAGUUGCACAUGUAAACACCCAAUAUCACUAUGCGUUUCUUUUUUUGAAGAGUAUAUAUAUAUGUAUCCUUAACAGAUUUCUGUAGUAUUAUUUAUUUAACUGGUUUUAUUUACAUCGAAUGCUGGUUUUACCAAAUGCACAAAAUCUAGACAAACGUUGGUUUUUUUUAAUGUAUCAAAAACCAUUUAUCUAACGGUUACCCGGUCUGAAAAUGCUGUAAACGCAUGUACAAUAUUGUUAAAACCCGAGGUUUGUUGCUAACAAAUUUUUUCGAAAAUUGUUAGCCGUUUAGUCUUCCAAAAUUUGAUGCUUUUUAUAGAUAUAUUUAAUAAUGGGCCAAUGUUUGGAAAAAUUUUUGUUAAAGUUUAUUUAUAAGUAAGUAUUUUAUUACCUUAUUUGGAAAUGUUUGUUGAAGUUUAUUUAUAAUUCGUAUUUUAUGAUCGUACAUGUACCAGGUGCAGGUACAAUAGGUCGUUACCUCCUCGAUAUUUGGAUACAAAGAAAAUUGCAUUAGCCAGAAGAAUCAGAAGUGCUUCCCCGUGGUCAUAAACAAUGACAGGGUUAUAUAACUCAAUUAACACACCAGGUUUGACAAUGAAUAAGUCAGUUGUGUAAAUUUUGUAUGAAAACAAAAGAUCUUUUGUUAACGAUCAAAGAGUUAAAACAAAGUGGUGUAUAUUAUCUGUGUUGACCAACGAAUUAACUCAUCGCCAUCUUACUUGGUUUAAAAUAAAAUGAAAUGGGGUUUAACGUCCCACUGUUCUGCUCCGACUGGGAUAAGGAAGACGGACAUACGCCAUACAGUGUGCUAUGAGGGGAAUGUUGCCAGGCUUACUUGGUUUAUAAGACUUGCUAUAUCAUCUGUUGAUAAAUUGUGUUCACCCUCUUGGACAUAAUUGAGAUUUAGAUAGGUUAUCUCACCCGAUCAAAGAGUAUUCGUCCAUCACCCUUUUGUUGACUUCUUCUGUUUGCUUUUGAAUAUAAUUGGUAUAUUUUGAUCUAUUAGCACCCCCCCCCCUCCCUAAACCCAUAAUACAAUGUUUAACUGAAAUGUAACAAAGAUAGUCAGCUAUGUGGAAUUCUCAAAUGCAGUAAUGAGUGAUAUCCUAUAUUUGUUUUUGAUGGUAGAUAAACAUAAAUGGUUGAUCGUUCAAAGCAUAAACUAAAUCCAAACUGCCAAAUACGAUAUUAUUGUUAAGUUUUAUUUUACAUUAUUUUUUGUACAUUUUGCAAUAAAAAUGUUAAAUUCUU